CUCAACCCGGUUGUGUUUACAAUCACAUCUGAUCACGUCGCGGUCGCGGUUUUUGCGAGCUUCUCGGAACGGGACGAUCCCUUUUUUCCAACGGAUGUUCGUGACCUUCUAUCAAUAAAGCUGUCCAACCUCGACGAGUGAGUAUUCGAAUCGCGCGAAGGCAAGGGAGAGUAUAACGAAUGUCGAAUAGAAAGGACCGGAAGCGAGCCAGUAUGCCGGAGCCUGUGAACCAUCAGGUGAACGCCGCUCGAAAGACAUUUCAGACCCUGUACCAGAUCUCCAAGCUGCUGAAUACAAAUCUUGACCCGACCACCCUGAGCAUCUGCAUCAGGCUGUGCGAGAACGGGGUGAACCCGCACGCCCUCGCGACCGUGGUGAAGGAGCUCCAGCGAGAGGUGAGGGCGAUGAACGACGCACAGCUGGAGCCCUCCAGCAAGACUGGCGCGACCAAGUGAAUUCGACCAAGUAUGACGUGUCCCCGUGUUGUUGUUGUUGUUGCCCUCCCCCGCCACUCUCCUACGGAAUUUAUUUAUCCUGCGUUGUUCAAUAAAUGCUCUCGAAUGUAGAUAGCGUAUUCAAGAUAGUUUAUUUAUUGUACAAACUAAUAAACGCACAGUAUAAACUUAA